UUAAUUGCAAAAGGGGUUGUAAUUCUAAUACAUGUAACAUAUAAAAGUGUAUAUAUAACUUCUAUUAUUCUCUAAUUAAAAUUCUGGAAACAUUAAAAAUACUCUCAAACAAUUAUUCAAAUUAACAACAAUAUGAGAACAUUGGAAAUUAGUUAAUUUAUAAUAUCAGAAUUAUAAAUUGUAAAGUGUUGUUAUUAAAAAAAUAAAUAAAAAACGUUAAAAUGUUGAGGCGAAAUAGGUUGAAACAUAAAAUAAUUUGCAUUGGUACCAUUAUAUUUGCCACUAUUAUUUAUAAUGAAUAUCUUGUAUAUGAGAUACAAAAAUUUAAAUGGACUUUGCCAGAUUGUACAGAUUGCGUUAAAGUACUUCUAGUAGCGGAUCCGCAAAUAUUAGGAGAGAAAAAUGAGAAUUAUAUGGGCUCGUGGGUAGCAAGAUGGGAUAGCGAUAGGUACUUAGAAAAAACCUUCUCAAGAGCUUUAAAAUACUCUCAACCAAAUGUUAUAGUAUUUCUUGGUGAUCUCAUGGAUGAAGGCCAUAUCUCUGACAUAGAAAAAUUUAAUAAAUAUAAAAAAAGAUUGGAUUAUAUAUUUCAAACUUCUGAUGAUAUAAUGAAAAUUUAUUUACCUGGCGACAAUGAUAUCGGAGGAGAAGAAAAUAAGGUCUCAAUGAAUAUUCAUAAUAGAUUUCGUUAUGCAUACAGUCAGCCCGACGUGUUAGUUUAUAAACGUGUUACAUUUUUUAAGGUUAACAGAUUGACUCGUUUUAUGCCGGAAGCUCCUAAGGAUGCAUUUCUUAAUGAUUAUGCUGAAAGAAAUACAACCAAUGUUGUACUUAGUCAUAUACCAUUGUUAUUUAUGCCAGGAAGUUUUGUACAAAAUAUUAUCAAAGAAUUAUCACCACAAAUUAUUUUUACUGCGCACGAACAUAAAGCGUUACACAUAAGCUUGGAUACGGCGACUGAUCAAUUAAGUGAAAUCUGGGUUCUUCCACCUGACGAGACACCUCUUUAUGAAUUAAGAAUGGAUGUAGGUGAUAUCCAUGAAGUUCAAAUACCAACAUGCUCUUAUAGAAUGGGCACUCGUAAUAUGGGUUAUGGAAUUGCGUAUAUUGGUAUAAAAAUAAAUAAUAAUAGUAUAUUUUUAUAUUUAUUUCCUAAUGAGUUGUGUUUCUAG